GUCAAACUGUCAGAAUGACCUCAGUAACCGAUUCAGUGAUAUUCAGGAACAUUUUCUCCAGUCCUGAAUCCUCAGCGAUAUGGUCAGAUACCACUCGCACAUCCUAUUACCUUCUUUUCGAAUCGUCUCUUGCAAUCGCACAAGCCAGACUCCAUAUUAUCUCACAGAAAGCUGCAGAUGAGAUCGUGAAAUUUUGCCGGGUUCAGAAUAUUGAUUUCGAAGAGCUGAGAAUACAGACCGAACAGAUAGGAUAUCCCGUGCUAGGUGUCGUCAAGCAGAUUGUGCACAAUGUAAACGCAAUUGAGCCUAGUCUUGGGGAAUGGGUUCAUUGGGGCGCCACGACACAGGACGUCACAGACACGGCCACAGUUCUGCAGCUUCGUGACACCCUCAACCUAGUAUCUGAAGCAUUGGACAAAA